AUGAGCCACCGCAUGAGAAUCCCGUUCACGGCUCCGUUUGCAGCUCCGACGAUCCUGCCAGCCUCCGCCGCGACCGUCGCCGGUGCCAUUGACGCGCUCGCCCGCUUCCUCGCCGCUCCAUCGCCGCUAUUACUCAGAGGCAUCGACCUGGGCCGCAACGAGCAGACAGUCCUCCUGACCGGUGCAGGCAUCUCAGUCGCCUCGGGCCUUUCAGACUACCGCGGCGAGAAGGGUACAUAUCGUCGCAAAGCCGGCUACCGUCCCAUCUUCUUCCACGAGUACACCACCAAGCAUGCGGCCAGGCAACGGUACUGGGCCAGGAGCUUCAUCGGUUGGCCGACAAUGGGCCAGUCGAAGCCGAAUAUCACUCACGAAUCUAUCGGUCAGCUAGGCAGUAAAGGCUACAUAAGCUCCGUCAUUACACAGAACGUCGACUCGCUGCAUGGCCGUGCUCAUCCCAGGCUGCCCGUAGUUGAGCUGCACGGUGACCUGAGAUCUGUAAUUUGCGUCAGUUGCGCCCACAAGAUACCCCGUGAACAAUUCCAAGAGACGCUGGCUACGCUCAACCCGGCCUGGGCAGAGUUCUUCUACCAGAUUACUCGCUCCGGGGCUCUGGAGACGGACGAUAUCGAGCAGCAGCAGCAGCGCGGGUUGAAGCUGAACCCGGACGGCGACGUCGACCUGCCCAACGCACAUUACUCGGAUUUUCGAUACCCAGCCUGUCCUCGAUGCCUGGAAAGCCCGCCGAGGAUGCGGCCAGACGGGUCGACCGCUAUAAUAGAAGCAGACCAGGACGGGGCAUUGGCUUCGGUGUCCAACGCUGGCAUUCUCAAACCGGCCGUGGUCAUGUUCGGUCAAUCUGUCGACGAUGAGGUGAAGCUGGCUGCUGAAGAAGCCGUCGAUGAAGCCGGCAAGCUGCUCGUCCUCGGAAGCAGUCUGGCUACAUUCUCUGCGUGGCGGCUCGUCGAACGGGCUGUCAACAGAGGCAUGGCUGUGGGAGUCCUGAACGUCGGCGGCUUUCGCAACGAAAACCUCUUGUUUGAAGACAUCCGGCCCAGCUCUGGUGACAUGUUCCGAGUGAGAUGCAGCCAGCCAGCGGAAGACAUCCUCCCUCAUGUCGUUGGCAGGCUGGCGGCGCUGUAA